UGGCAGAAAUCGUGCCAAUGAGCGUUAUGUUUUAUGUGAUUUUUUGCAGGUCUGCCAGCGUUUUACACUGGUACCAUGCAAUAUGUGUGUCAAUAAAGUGCAAAUUUAACAUGCAUCGCAGUGUACCAGGGCUGUCAACAGGGGAUCUGCUAUAGCAAAAAUUGUUGGACAGAAUGUGGUUGAGAAGUCAGACAUGUUUGAAGAGAGGGUGAACAUGUACAUGUACGAAGAAAAGUUUGAGGGACAAAAAUUGACAGAAGUUGUCAACCAAAGACAUGAGAAUGUGAAAUAUCUACCUGGUGUGAAAUUACCAGAAAAUGUGGUAGCCAUGCCAGACCUUAUAGCCGCCAGUAAGAAUGCAGAUAUUCUGAUCUUUGUAAUGCCGCAUCAGUUUGUUAGAGGAACCUGUAAAGUCAUGCAGGAACAUAUAAAAGACUCGGCCCUAGCCGUGUCAUUAAUUAAGGGAUUUGACAAGGCUCCUGAAGGUAAACCUGGUAUUUCAAUGAUCUCCAGUAUGAUAGAAGAUAUACUCGGUAUUGACUGUGCAGUGUUGAUGGGAGCUAAUCUUGCUCCGGAAGUUGCUGAAGAACAGUUCUGUGAAGCUACUAUAGGUUGUAAAAAUUUAGCCGACGGUGAGCUACUGAAGAAUUUAUUUGAGAAACCGUACUUCAGGUGCUCUAUAUGUAUGGAUGUACAGACUAUUGAAAUGUGUGGUGCUUUAAAGAAUGUGGUGGGUAUAGGAGCUGGUAUUGUAGACGGUAUGGGACUGGGACAUAAUACUAAAGCUGCAGUGUUAAGGCUUGGUCUCAUGGAAAUGGUCAAAUUUGGAGAAAUGUUUAUAGACGGAAGCCAAGAGGUGACAUUUUUCGAGAGUUGUGGAGUGGCAGAUCUUGUUGCUACAUGUCAUGGUGGACGUAACAGAAUGUUAGGUGAAGCCGUAGUUAAAUCUACAAAGGAGAAUCCAAAUUGGACAAUUAGAGAGUUAGAGAAAGAGAUCCUGAGAGGUCAGAGCUUCCAAGGGCCUUUAGUUGCUAAAGAGAUUCAUGAAGUUCUUCAGGAGAGGGGUAAAGUUGACGAUUUUCCAUUGUUCAAAGCCAUUUACAAGAUCUGUCAGCGUGAAAUGCCGCCACAAGAAUUUAUUGACUGUCUACGAUGUCAUCCAGAACAUAUGGAUUGAUUAGAAUGGAAUAGAACAGAACAAACCCUGCAGAGAUUAAUGUACUUAGAGCUUAUAGGGUCAGACAGACUUUAAGACUGGCUAUUCUGAGUGCUUAUACCGAUACAGAAAUCUCACACUGAAAAAUAGUUGAAUAUUUUUAAUACAGUAAAUUUUAAUGCAUAUACUUUGGUUAAUUUCAGUAUUUGUAUUUAUAUAAGAAAAAUAUCAGUAUACACUUAUUAACUGGCUAAAUGGUGAGCCUGCAGUGGUUAUAACCACGACUUAACCUGUAUUUGCAGGGGGGUAUAACCCAAGUGCCAAUAUAGGUUUUGGGAUGCUAACAUCCAUGUAAGGGACAUCAUUUGCCUUCCAACCAGUUGUUUAUUAUAUAUACCUUAGUAACCUAUGGUAAGCACAAAUAUAAUUGUUUGAAUCAUUUAAUCAUAUAAAAUAUCAACGUUGAAGAAUUUUUUAUCUCAGCUACUCGGUAAAAUGACAUCAGUUAUCCUUGGCGGUCUAGUUACAAAUUUUUUGUGCCAGCUUUUGGUUAUAAUGCCUGCUUCCUGUCAUUUGGCCCGAGUUACAGGAUUCUGUUGUAUGCAGUUUUGUUACUAUUUAUAGUAAGGUAUAUGAUAACAAAUUCUUU